CACCAAAAAUUCCAACAUGCUAUCAGAGCUUCAAUGAUCUUGAGGGACCUCUGAGAGUGAUUUUGAGAGAACUCCUGUGUGUCUCCCUUAUCCUCCAAGUCCCUUCCUUCUUUGACCAAAAAUUCCAACAUGGUAUCAGAGCUUCAAUGACCUUGAGGGACCUCUGAGAGUGAGUUUGAGUGAACACCAAAAAAUUCCAACAGAAGGUAGCAAAGGAAGCUCACAUACCUAGCAGUUCCACAGUUGAGAGAAAGAAGGUUCCAUGGACAAUUGAGCAAGAACAGAUGCUUAGGGAGGGACUAAGCAAGUUCUCAAGUACAGCUGGUGGUAACAUUCCAUGGAAGGAAAUUCUGGACCUUGGUUCUUCAGUGUUUCUUAACUGCCGAACUUCAGUGGACCAGAAGGAUAAAUGGAGAAACAUAAGCUCAUUUUCUGAGGGAAGAGGUGGUAUAUUUGCUGGUGGGGGCAUUGUCCAUAUCUGGGAGGAAUCAAAUCUCAUCCUAAGCAGGAAAAAGGGGUGUAAUUGCACCAAACCAGAAGUCCUUCUUCAGUCCGCGUCUGCACUUCGAGAUGACCUGCAAAGGCCCGAGGUGGAACUCAGGGUAGACACUCCGAUGCUUAAGUCAUCAAUAAUCGGGGCUACCUUUAGGGCGGAGAUAAAGAGAGCUUAGGGUUGGUUUCAAUUACCUUUUGACGUGGCCUGGGGGGUAUUUAUAGGGUCCGAUGAGGAACCCACGUGGCAUACCAAGCAAGAUAAUCGGAGCCUGACGUGUCUAUUCAAACGAUUAUUCCGGGACCAGGAAAUUGAGAAGUAUUCAGAUGCACGGGCGUCCACCAUACCUGAUGUGCUGCUCAUCAUAAGGAAUCAAGUGCGGGUAUGCUUAAUCAGAUUGUUAUGCAGCUAUUUCAACGGGAGGCUUUGGAUUUAUCUUUCACUUCGGUCGUAAAGGAAUUACUGUAGCA